AGAAUCGGGAGCUAUGACACAGCCCUCCUGUGAUCGGAACCUCCGGCUGUGGGUGUCGCUGUGUGGCCUCUUUGGGAGCCUCCGGGGGACGUUGGUGACCAGGAAUUCGAGGCCCAAUAUUGUCCUGUUGAUGGCGGAUGACCUGGGGAUUGGAGAUCUAUGUUGCUAUGGCAACAACACAGUCAGCACCCCCAAUAUCGACCGCCUGGCCAGGGAGGGAGUGAUGCUCACCCAGCACCUGGCAGCCGCCUCCAUGUGCACCCCAAGUCGGGCCGCCUUCCUGACCGGCCGAUACCCCAUUCGAUCAGGGAUGGCGUCGGCCUUCAACAUGCACCGCGGCCUCGUCUGGCUGGGGGGCUCCGGCGGUCUCCCCACCAACGAGACGACCUUCGCCAAGUUGCUGCAGGAUCGCGGCUACCGCACGGGACUCAUAGGUGCGCACCGGGGAGCUACGGACGCACAGACGGGGUCAGACGGGCUGGACUCCCUGUUCUUCGCCCUGCCCCUGGUGCCCGUCCUGCUGCUCAUCCCCACGUGCGCCCGCUGGUUCGUGGUGCCCUGGGGCCUCGUCCUGGUGAUCGCCCUCCUGGUGCUGCUGUUCUUCCUGGGCUGGUACUCCAGCUACGGGUUCGUCCGGCGCUGGAACUGCGUGCUCAUGCGCAACCACGACAUCGUGCAGCAGCCCGUGAGGGAGGAGCGGGUGUCGUCGCUGCUUCUCAGGGAGGCGCUGGCCUUCGUCCGCAGGAAUACGGGGGGACCCUUUCUCCUGUUUGUGUCUUUUCUGCACGUCCACACGCCGCUGAUCACCAAGGAGAAGUUCUUGGGUCGCAGCAAGUACGGUCGCUAUGGCGACAACGUGGAAGAAAUGGAUUGGAUGGUGGGUAAGGUCCUGGAGGUCCUGGACCAGGAGGGCCUGGCCAAUCACACGCUGGUGUACUUCACCUCGGACCACGGGGGCAGCCUGGAGGCGCAGGCCCGCGGGGUGCAGCUGGGCGGCUGGAACGGGGUCUACAAAGGUGGGAAAGGGAUGGGCGGAUGGGAAGGGGGCAUCCGCGUCCCCGGAAUAUUCCGCUGGCCGGCCGCGCUGGAGGCUGGGAGAGUCAUUGACGAGCCCACCAGCCUCAUGGACAUCUACCCAACGCUGUCUUACGUCGCUGGAGGGAUUUUGCCCGUGGACAGAGUGAUCGACGGCCAGAACCUGAUGCCGCUGCUGGAGGGCCGGGCACGCCAUUCGAACCACGAGUUCCUCUUCCACUACUGCGGGGUGUACCUGCACACCGUCAGGUGGCAUCAGAAAGACUGUGGCACCGUGUGGAAGGUUCAUUAUGUGACGCCCAACUUUUCGCCGGCGGGAGCCGGCGCCUGCUAUGCCCGUGGGAUCUGCUCCUGUACGGGAGACGUCACCUACCACGACCCUCCCCUGCUCUUCGAUAUCUCGAGGGACCCCUCCGAGAGCCAACCUCUCAGCCCGGACAACGAGGCGUUAUUUGACUCCGUGGUCCAGAAAAUCGAGGAUGCCGUCCACGGGCACCGUCGCACGCUCGCCCCGGCCCCCCAGCAGCUGUCCGUGUUCAACUCCCUCUGGAAACCCUGGCUGCAGCCCUGCUGUGGGAACUUCCCCCUCUGUGGGUGUGACAAGGAAGACGACAUGGAAGCCGGUGUGUGAGGAGCAGACUGGGGAUGCUUGUUACCAAGCGGCAACGCGCUGUUACAAGGGUCGGCGGGAGCCAAGCUCAGCUGACUCGCUCAAUCCAUUUGAAAUCAAGGAUGAUGCCCUAGCCCUGGCCGGUGUGGCUCAGUGGAUAGAGCAUCGGA